AUGGCUUCUCCUCUGUCUAUCUUUCGCACUUUAUUCCUCGCUGUUUCUCUCUGUGCCAUUGGGUCUGUCUUGGCUCUGCCACAGUCAGCCCCAGAGAACGGUCCUGGCCUUACUCCCUCCCAGCUAAUUAAGGCGGCUGAGACUGGGGAGAUUAGGGUUGUACCAGGACCUGGUCUUCCUUCCCUCGAAUCUCUCAACCUCACCUCGCGUGACCUCGCUGUUCGUGCUCUCGAGCGAAUUGAGCGUCUUCAAGAAGUCGCAGAGGACAGCAAGAAAUUGAGCAAUCUGACUAAGCGAUACACCCCCACAUGCGAGACCAGUCCGAACCUCAAUGGUGGUUUAGGGUUCCUUUGCUACGAGUACCUGCACUCGAUUGGGAACACGAUCUGCGCUGUACCAGCUACCGGAUCGAGGUUCUGCCAUACCACGGGUGGGUCUCCUGACGUCGCGUGGCGCGGAAGGGUGAAUUGGGCGUUCUACGCCGAGUCUAGCUGUGCGAAUGUUGCGGAAGGGGGGUUAUGGGUUCUAAACGAAUGUCGGAGUUACUGGUGGGCGGCCCCUGCUUGGUACGCGCUCCAUCCAGGUACCCAUGCGGCUUUGGGCAACGAUAAUCUUGUCGUUGAAAUCGGUCCAUUAUAA